CCUUUUCUAUUCCUGGAAAUCACAAAAAGUGUGGCGGCUUCGAGAUCUUCUUUGCCUUUUCUUUCUUUUCUUUUUUUUUUUUUUUCCUCCUCCUCCCUUUCCCUCUCCUUUCCUGGCGAGGGUGACUAGGAGCCGGCGAAUCCGCGUUUUUUUUCUCUCUCUCCCUCCCUUUCCCCCUCCCCACCCCCUCCCCAACAGCCCCCAACUACAGCCUCCGCCGCCGCCGCCGCCGCCUCAAAAUUCAAUAAAAUGAGCUCUUAUUUCGUCAACUCACUGUUCUCCAAAUACAAAACCGGGGAGUCCCUGCGCCCCAAUUAUUAUGACUGCGGCUUCGCCCAGGACCUGGGCGGCCGACCCACCGUGGUGUACGGUCCCAGCAGCGGCGGCAGCUUCCAGCACCCGUCGCAAAUCCAGGAAUUCUACCACGGGCCAUCGUCGCUGUCCACGGCUCCCUACCAGCAGAACCCGUGCGCCGUGGCGUGCCACGGGGACCCGGGCAACUUCUACGGCUACGACCCGCUGCAGCGCCAGAGCCUGUUCGGUGCGCAGGAUCCAGACCUGGUGCAGUACGCAGACUGCAAGCUCGCAGCCGCCAGCGGCCUGGGCGAGGAGGCUGAGGGCUCGGAGCAGAGCCCGUCGCCCACACAGCUGUUCCCCUGGAUGCGCCCUCAAGCAGCCGCCGGACGCAGGCGAGGCCGACAGACCUACAGCCGCUACCAGACCUUGGAGCUGGAGAAGGAGUUCCUAUUUAAUCCCUAUCUGACUCGCAAGCGGCGAAUCGAGGUAUCGCAUGCGCUGGGACUGACAGAGAGACAGGUCAAAAUCUGGUUCCAGAACCGGAGGAUGAAGUGGAAAAAAGAAAACAACAAAGACAAGUUCCCCAGCAGCAAAUGCGAGCAGGAGGAGCUGGAGAAACAGAAGCUGGAGCGGGCCCCGGAGGCGGCGGAGGAGGGUGAUGCGCAGAAGGGUGACAAGAAGUAGGCUCCAGCUGGGACUGCCAGGGCCGCGGCCUCCCGCACGUCCGCCGGUCCCCGACCGCGCCGCCGCCGCCCGCCCUCGCCCGAGCGAGCUCCGGCCCCGCGAGCGGAGCCAGGAGCCGAGCCUCCCGCCGCAGCGUCCCCGCCGCGCCAGUCCCCGCUAGUGGUAGUAUCUCGUAAUAGCUUCUGUGUGUGAGCUACCGUGGAUCUCCUUCCCUUCUCUUGGGGGCCGGGGGAAAAGAAAAGGAUUUUAAGCAAGGACUCCCUCGCCCUGCGAGGGUGAGCGGCCGAGGCCGGCUGAGCCCCCUCCCCCGCGCCCCGCCCCGCCCCGUGUAAAAAGCCUCCUUGUGCAAUGGUCUUUUUUUCCUUUGAACGUGCUUCUUUGUAAUGACCGAGGUACCGAUUUCUGCUAAGUUCUCCCAACAACAUGAAACUGCCUAUUCACGCCGUAAUUCUUUCUGUCUCCCUCUCUCUCUUCUCUCUCUUCUCUCUCUCUCUCUCUCUCUCUGGCCGCGUCCUCAUUUCCCCUCCCAACCCCUCUCUCCCCGCUGCCCUCCCUAGCUGGCUGGCUUUCUCUCUUGCUUCUCUCUUUUCCUCCCCCACCCCACCCCCUUUGGUUUGACAAUUUCGUCUUAAGUGUUUCUCAAAAGAGGUUGCUUUAGUUAGCAUGCGCGCUGUGGCCAAUUGUUAAAAGUGUUCUUAGGUUUACUGUGAAGAGAAUGUAUCCUGUAUCCGUGAAUUGCUUUAUGGGGGGGAGGGAGGGCUAAUUAUAUAUUUUGUUGUUCCUCUAUACUUUGUUCUGUUGUCUGCGCCUGAAAAGGGCGGAAGAGUUACAAUAAAGUUUACAAGCGAGAACCCGA